CAAUGGGUUCGCCAGGAUACGGAUGAAGAUAAUUACGAAUUAUAAUGUAGUAAGCUUUUACGAUUAUUUAAUUAUAUGUAAUAUCAUAAUAUAAAUAUUAAUCUUUUUGUAUAUUUCAACUAAGUUUUCAAAUAUUUCAUUUGUAUUGCAGAUAAAAUGCGGCGACGAAAAGUGCGACAGCUAAGCCUGGUUCCAGGUACUCCAAACUCUGCGAAAACAAACAGCACUGAUCAACAGACUGCUAUUGGGUCUUCGAAUAUUUCUAUUACACCUGAGGAACCUACAGAAAUUCAAAUUGAAAAUGGUGGGACGCGAAGAGUUCGAGGGCGUACGCUACUGAGGGAUUUAUACGAGCUAGAUCCAGCCGAGCGUGUCAAAGUAUGCAGCAAUAGCUUUGGUCAGCCUGUUGGAUCAGAAGCUCGUCUUUUAGCAGGAUACUUGGGCAUUCUAGCACGGAAUGCAAAUAUGUUGCCAAUUAACUUCGAGACAUGGCGACAAAUGCACGAUAGUAACAAGAACCAAGCUCUUGAUAACGUUAAGGCGAGAUUUGCUCUAGAGGUCUCCGAUGCUUAUGUAAAAAAGGCAUUGGGAAAAAGAUGGAGAGACCAUAAGAGCACAUUAAAGAAAGACUAUUUUAAGACAAAAACAACCCUGGACGAGAGAUUACAAAAUGUCCCGCCGGGAAUGCUGAGGAUCGUGAACGAGUUGGAAAAUGUAGUAGGCAGAAACAGAAAUUCACUCACACAGCUGGGUCCAAAAGUUUUGCUUGUGUAGCUCACUUUGAGGAACUGUCGUCCGGUCAGAAAGUUGGACGCCUUCAACUUUUUGACAUUACACAUAGGAAGAAAGAUGGGAACCCUAUGACUCCUGAAGCUGCAGAAAUUCUGGAUAAACUAAAGGAUAAAAAAGCGGAGUACGAAGCGAUUGCUUCCAGUGAUAGUUCUGUUCAUAUUGAAGACAUUGAUAAUCGUAUUAUCACUGAUGUUUUGGGUCCUGAAAGGUACGGUCGGGUUCGAUUUCAAGGAUUUUUUGUUAGCCCAACCCAAUAUUUUGGAUCCAGCUCGUAACAAUACAUGCC